AUGUCGUUCGGCUUCGGUGUCGGUGACAUAAUCCUGCUCUCGCAACUGUCAUACAAACUCUAUGGAACCUUGACCUCAGGCAGACGGAAUGCAAGUCGCGAACUAAAGGAACUAGAACACGUCUUGUUUGGCUUACGUUGUGCUCUGGAUCAUUUACGCCAUGUAGCAGAAGACAUCUCGAAGGCAGCUUCAAUAUCUGGAUCUAGCGACAGUCAUGGCCGGGAAAUGCAGCAGUCUUUGGAUCAAAUGAUACAGAACUGUGCAAUGACGCUAGAAGACCUGGACAAUGCCACUAAGCGAUACCGCGAUAACGCCAUGAUCUAUGAUAACGAGCGUGACUCUGACUCCGGCCGAGGAGUCCAAAAAAGAAGGAGGCAGCUGAGAGAUGCAGUCACCUCUAACUGGGCAAAGAUCCGAUGGGAUAUGGACAAAGACUCACUGAAGACAUACCGCGACAGAUUACAAUCUCACGUUGAUAACAUAAAUAUGGUUCUGGGUGCCUUCCACUGGUAA